AUGGCAGCUGACAUUGACGGAAAGCCGGUACAAAACGUUACGAUGAAUAUUUUAUAUAUCUUUUCUUACUUUUUGGAUGAUAAAUACUAGUGCAUUCUAAAUAAGCUUUCGUAUUAAGUUUUCUUUUGUGCAUCACAGCUCAUUUUAAGAUCAUUAUUUUCAGGCAAAGGAUGAUACUACUAAUAGAAAGUUAUGGAUUGGAAAUUUAGACAAACGUUUAAGCGAGUGAGUAGAAUUUAGUUUUGUUCUUAUGAUAGGUGAUAUUUAGCUGUAAUGCUGCGUUGAAUCUGAAGAAAGCAUGUGCUUCCUAAUAUACGAAAGAGUUACCCUAGUGUACUGUUAUCAUGAAGAAUAGCAGCUGGAGAUAAUUGGUCUUUCCUACUGUCAGUCUAUGGACUAUAUUGCAUUUUAAUACCCGUACCCUCCGGGUUGAGGAAGUCUUCAGAGUUGAAUCCAAUUUUAUUCGACUUUCCGGGGUAAGAAGAAAAGGUAGGUCCUCAACCAGGGGGUUACGGAUAAUUGCAAUAGUCCUAUGCACCGGAUAAUUAAUGUGAUUCAGUUCACCUGGCAGGAAUAGUUAGGGUGCAUCUUUUUUGUUUUAACAACACAUACACGCAAAGGAAAUUUAUAGCAAUAAUAAAGAAAAAAUAGGUUAAAACUUAAACAAAAGAUUUACCUCCCAAUCGCUUAAAAAAAAAAUUUCCGACCUCUAUCAACAGUAGAGGUGAAAGGAUUUUCUGUAUUGAUCUUCAACUUCAACUUCAAUGACACACUCAUUUCUUAUUUGAUUAAUGAUAAUAUCAAGAAGUUGUUGAACUAAUUUCCCAUGGGUUUUACUGUAUCCUCAUUGCUUUUAGGUAUAAUAUUUUAAAGAUUCUUCAACCUUAUGGAGAGAUACAGAACCUUGAACUACUUUUCCAUAAAUCAGGUGUCAAAGAAGGGGAGCCUCGUGGCUAUUGCUUUGUUGAAUUCAAGACACUUGAGGUGAGAUAGUACAAAUAGACUUGAGAAUAGUUCUCUGUUUGAAAUUUCAUGGGAAGUUCUAAAGGAAGAGAACUUACACCUUUUGCUGUUCAUUACAAGAAAAUACGCAACCAUUUGCAUGAAAGGUGAAUAAUGGUGCAAAGAUCCAUUCAUUAGCAUGAAAAUACGAACAUGUGUGCAUAAAUUAGAUUCAAUUAUGAGUUUUGCAUUUUAAUCAAUAUUCAAUAACAUUUUUGGGCAUUCAUAAAAUUCAAAAAUGGUUAUUGAAUCUGAUUCAUGCACAAACGUUCAUAUUUUCAUACUAAUGAAUGUAUCUUCGCACUAUUGGUCGGCAUUCCACGCAAAUGAUAAUUUGCAUAUUUUCUUGUAAUGAAUAGCAAAAGAUGAGACAUGAAAAGGCAACAGAUUACACAAAGCUUGACUUAACCCUGUACAUGGGUAAACUAGUUGGUUCACGGUAAACCAAACUUGGGAGUAUCAUAAGGUCUAAUAAUCUUUUAAUAUUGGUUGAUUAUAAAUCGUUUAAACUGGGCAGCACACACACAAACUCAGUUAUAUUCUACACUACCGCUCUACAUGGUGACAACUAUUUCCUUGCGACGAUCAUUUAAAAUUAUAUGUACUGUGAAACCCCACCUUACGGGGGCCUCGGUAAUCUGGUCAAUUUAUGGUCACUUUUUUCCGGUCCAGCUGAAUGACCAUACAUUAUCUUACAAAAAAACCCCGUUAAUGCGGUCACGCAGCAGUUAACCCUUUAAACCCUUACAUCAAAAUUCAAAUUCUCAUUUGUUAUCACUAUACGUUUUCAAUAGAAGUAGUGGGGAGAGUUUGUUGAAGUAUCAAUUAGAUUCAUCUUGUGUCAUCAUGUCCUUAAUUCUCUUGACCACUGUGUUUUAUAAAGCAGUGAUCUUACUUGGAGAAAUUUGACACUGAUCACUCUUAGGGCUUAAAGGGUUAAUACAGCCAACAGCCAUAACAUUAUUUUAAAAUCCCAAAUGGUAGAAUCUCUUAUAAUUUCACCCCAUUUAUAUGGCCACUUGUUCGAAAUUUAGAAAAUUAAAUUACCUGUGACAUGUCAAUUUUAUUGACCUAGCACACUGAGCCUGUGCUUUUACUGUUUUUAGACUUUUUUUACAGUACAAAUGAAGUGGACUUGUUGCGAUUUUAUAGCUGAAUUUUAAAAGUGUUUUAUGUACUGAAGGAAAAUUUUAAGUAGAGCCGUAGUUUUUUCAGUAGUUACUGUAUACGAUAUCUACAUUCUGGUUGUUUAUUAAUGAGAAGAGUUGUUCAAGAAAUGCAAAUGCGAUGUACAGUGUAUUUGUCAUUACCACCCUCAAGUCAUGAAAUUUGAGCCUGCCCCGAUAAUAAGGUCACCCCAUUAAUACUGCCAAAUUUUUUGGACCCAUUGCUGACCAUAUUAACUGGGUUCCACUGUACCAGAAUGUAAUGUGCAAAAUUUACUGUGUUGAUUGGUUUUUAGAGCGGUUUUCACUUGACUGUCGUAAAACCAAAACCAAAGUAAAUACACUAGCCAACCAAAGGGCGUAGUAAAACCAAAACCAAAACCAAAACCAAUUCCUUUCGACAGUCAAGUGAUGCGGUUUUCACUUGACUGUCGUAAAACCAAAACCAAAGUAAAUACACUAGCCAACCAAAGGGCGUAGUAAAACCAAAACCAAAACCAAAACCAAUCCCUUUCGACAGUCAAGUGAAAACCGCUCUAUUCAUGACAUAUUUAGUUAACACUGAGUGACACACAUGUAUAAGUGCAUCCUGUAGACUUUAUGCGGCAAACACUGCUUUAGCACACCCAAGAUAUUAUUGAUGUAAAGUUCUUUUUUUGUGUGUAUUUAAAAAAAAAUGCAUCCUGUAUAGCUGCAUUGUACAGUAUACCCUGAGAAAGAAAAAUGAUUACCAGUUUAUAGUAUCCUCACAAUGAUAUUUCUCUCUCAACAGCAGGCAGAAAAUGCACUGCGUGGGCUGAAUGGUAAAUUGGCCUUGUCUAAGCCUCUGGUUGUAGACUGGGCAAAGAAGAAAACUGGAUUAACAGUAAGUAGAUUAAAGCAAUAAUUUUAAGUCUAAUGCAUAGUAUAUCAAGUAGUGUUCACUGUUAAUUACUGUAAAAUUCCUAAAAUAAGCCCCUCCAUGUAUAAGCACCUCCAAAUAUAAGCCCCGGGGGCUUGUACUUGGAAUUGCCCUCAAAUACAAAGUAAAACAAAGAGAAAUGGUAAAUUUCCUUCCAAGAAUAAAGGCUAGCCCAAUCGAUUUUGAAACGCAAAUUUCCCUCUGUAUAAAAUCCCCUCCAAAUAUAAGCCCCUCAAAAAGGGCCUUUGAAAAAUAAGCCCCAGGGCUUAUUAUCGGAAUUGUACCGUAAUUGAUCUGGAUAACAGUUUGACUGCUGGUAACUAUGAAAUAACAAUAGUUUUAGGGGUAAGUUUAGUAUUUUAAACUUUUGAGUGCUUGUGAUGAAUGACAAUGGCAAAUACAAUAAAUUAUUAUUAUCACAUUUAAUGCUGUCAUGGACACUGCCCCCUCAGUCAAGGAAAGGAAGGGUUUUAAAAAUUCAAACAGGGACUUCUAUAUAUAGUGCCCACAUCCCCUUCUCUCUAAAAGGGCAUCACAUAUGGUCUGGUAGGUGGAAAAGAAAGUUUAGUUGAUUGGUGACAGACAUCUUUCAAAAUUUGAAAGAUGUCUGUCACCAAUCAACUAAACUUUCAUCAUUUAAGGAUAUUAUUUUUUGCAGUGUUAGUGUUCUCACCAGGAUUUUGUCUUAAGGAGUCCCAGGGCCCCCUCUGCUGAAAAAUAGGGGCCCUGUGGGAGCUUAAGGAGGGCAAAGUUACUUGUGUUCCACAACUGGAAUGGAAAAAAUCCUUCGUAAUUUCUCUGCCUUCCAUUUCAUCAAGGCAGGUUCAAAUUCUAGCAGCAUUUCUACUUAAAGUGGUUUUUGGAAAAUUUGCCUCAAGAUGGAUCUUGUAGGUCAUGAUUUUUUUGUCAGUAUGAAAUUUUUGUAGGCAAGCCACGAGUAUUUCGAAAGCCAAGCACUCUGGAAAACACAAUUUUCUUCAAUGAAACAGCUUCUUGAUAUUUGCUUGCUAGGUUGUCCUCUUUCUCGUCAUCUUCACCACUGUUUCAAUAAUCUUCUAAACUAUCUCCAAGCCUUGGUGUUUUAGGGCUUAAGAAUCUAACUUUCGCUGUGUGGCAUGGCAAACCAUGCGGUACAAAGAACUUGAGCCCACAAUCUAAAAAUGGUCUGUUACACAAAGUAAAAAUGUAGAGUAAUUUUGUUACCUCUGCGUCCUGUGUCCCUGACGUAUAAAAAGGACCAAAGACUCAAAAUAAUUCAUGGUAUGCGUUCCGUGGGACGUAAAGAUCGAUCAAUUGAUCUGAAGAUGUUUGCAUAGAAUAAUUAUCCUGUUUGUGUGAUUUCUGUGUUUGUUCUUACAGCUGUUGUUUAACAAGGUACAUUUCUUUUGGUCUUUGUUGUGUUCACAAUAGAAAGAGUUUUUUAUUCCAGUAAACUGUUUGUAAACUCAUUGUUGUUUUAACUGGGACUCAAUGGUUCGGGAAUAGGACCCAUCAUUUUUUUGCAAGAUGAGUCCCCGGACUCACCAUAACUAUUUGUAACAAAAUCACGGAAAUGUACCUACCUGAUUGAAUGGUUUGAAUACUUUGAGAAACCAUCAUUAAUUAGAAAGAGCAAAAAAAAAAAAAGUGUCUGAUUAUUUGCUAGACCAUUAAAAAACUGCCAACUAACUUCUGAAAGUCCCUUUGGCUCGUAGCAUCUUUGUACACCCAAGUGGGCACAUUAAUGCGUCACUCCAAUUUUUCUUGUGGCAAUCCAACAAGGAUGUGGCCUGGUGAGAACACUGCGGUGUAGGUCAUUUUUAGUGCUAUAGGAUUAAACUGUGGGCUGCAGAUUGUUGCUUGACAGUAGAAGAAAAUGUCCCUCCUCUCCCCUGAUUACUUGUCAGAAUGUACAGAUUACUCUCACCGACUGUUUCCAAUUCCAACUAGGGCUUAAAAGAACAAGAAGAAAAGAACGUGCCAUCAUCUACAGCAUCCUCAAAAAACUCACUUAAAAGGUGAGACAGCGAGCUGAGACAACUUGUAUUCAUUUCAACUUUUCUUUUGCUCAUUGUUAAUCUUCUACUUAUCAAAUUUUCAAAAAAAGCACUUUAUUUUUAAAAGUGUUUAGCUAUUUAUUUAGCACUAAAGUACUAAUUGGGGACACUAUGUGUCCUACUGGAGACAGAAUGGCCAUUUUACAUGGUUGAUCAUCUGAGCCACACGAAGGUCUAGCUAUUUUACGGGGCUCGUUUUUUUCUGACCGUGAGUAUUGGUCUGAUUCCAAUAAUCGAAGCUAUGACCAUUUGCUCUACAGUCAAGGGUUCUACUGACUACCAUGUUACCCACACACUGAGCUCGCUGCCUUACAGCCAAGUUGUAAAUGACCACAAGUUAAAAGGGCAGAUUUUUUGUUGAGAAAGAAAUAAAAAAAAAAACAACAAUAAAAUUUUUAUUUGAGUGCCAGUGUAUUUAGUAUGAAAGUCCUAAUUGGGGACGCUAUUUUUAUGUCUCCAACUAGAGACAGUCUGCCAUUUUAUGUGGUCAUCUGAGCCUAGCCGCUUGCAGUGCAAAGGAAGUACCUUCAUUUCUCAGUUAUUUUAAGACUCUGAGUAUUGGUCCAACCCUGGGAAUCGAACCCUCAACCUUCUGCUCUCCAGUCAAACGCUCAACCGACUGAGCUAAUACUGCCGCGGUCAAAUAACAACCAUCUUUAGUCUUGCUAUUAGCAGGACUAACGUUGAAACUCUCUUGACAGCUUUGAACUAGGUAGCAAUUAAUCUGAGUGUAAUGUUGUGGCAAACUGUGACAAAACUGCAGUGAGUGAAGAGGAGCACGUGAAUUCCACAAGUGCUUAUUAUGCAGUGAAUAAUAAUUAUUGUCCAGGUUGCAUACAGCUUGUUUUUUCAAGCAAAACAAAAAUGUUAGGAAUUUGUUGAAACUCUCCUUAUUCAUUUGAUAAUAAUUUUUUCCUUUGUUUUGUCUGCCUUUAGCUGUGAAUCCAAGAUUAGAGCAAUUGAGAACAAGCUCAAAUUAAUGGAGAGCGGCCAUGAAAAUCAACAAGCCACACCACAAGGAAAACAUCCUCUACUUGUACAGAGUGAAAGAACAAGAACUCACCCAUACAAGAAGCAAGAAAGAUACAGCAGAGGAAGGAAUAGCAGGACAAGAUGAAUGGAGCAGUACAGCAUCUAAAUUCAAGUCAUAAUAGACCUUGAUCAAUGGCCAUGUUGAAUUUAUUACAUUUCAGGAGUAUUAUGGGAUGCCCAGGGGGCACUCACCCAGUUUUUACGCACGCUUUCUGUGAGAAAACAGAACUUCAAUGUAUAUUUCUCGGCAAAAAGAUGAUCAUUAUUACAUCCAAACACGGCACAACGAUCUCUUGUUCCCUUUACAAUCUUUUUCUAGGAAAACUUAUCUAUAAAGAACAAUAAUUUGGCCCAAAAAGCACGCGUAAUUACCGAUGCGAGUAUAUUGGAUCGUGCUCAUGCCCCAUGGGCAUCCCAUAAAACUCCUUAAAUCCAAGUAAUUCAAUAUGGCGACCGUAUCAGUAAAAAGGUUAAUAAUUUGUUGAAACGCUUGUGAAUUCUUCCUUCCCUUCCCUUUCAAUGUUGAUUUUGAAGAUG